ACUCUUUAGUUCCAAGACGACCUUAGAACGGUCAAGAUCGCACCAGAUCUUCACCAUCUGAAAAGAAGUAUCAAGCAAAGUGAACAUUUCACAAUUUUGUGUGUUUCAUUCUCUGCCAGCAUCUUCUCAUAGACACUAGGCGCUUUUUUCUCAUUAUCUUGCGUUCCUGCGGAACUCACACAGUUCUUAUUUACGGUACAAUCUUCACAAUCCAACUAAGAAGUUUGUCCUCUCUCCAUUUUGGGAUCAAAUAGAUAAAAAAACACCCGAAGAAUCAACAAAAAGGUGAUUAAGUGCUUGAAACCCGCGGGAGGACUCAGAAUAAAAAAAAACGUUGGAUUUUUGUAAUAAAAUAAGAAAAAGUUUGUUUGGUGUGUGCCUAAAGUCAACAAUGCUCAAGUGACUCUCUUUCAAACUAUUGAGGACAUUAUUAACAAUAAAAAUAAAACGAGUGACAAAAAAGUAAAGCACUUAAAUAAGCGCAAAAUUCCCGAUCCUCCCCCCGUUCUUAGAACAUCCGGUGUGAAGGAAGGAUUUUUUUAUUUGAAAAAAAAAUUCUUCUUCUACAAAUCAUCUGAAGCAGGUGUCUUUCCAAUCUAUCACCAACACACACCUUCAUUAUUAUAAUCUUGCGCGGACGACUCUGUGAGCCGAGGACUCAGGGUGUCGAUUUAUACGAAUUACAGUAAAACAGUUAAGCGUCAAACGGAAAUCUGCGCACGGAAAACAGCACAGAAAAGGGUAUAUAAAAUGCAGCGAUCACAACUGGUGCAUGUUUUACUUGCCGCCUCAGUCGCCAUGAUUCUCACUUCAACCUCAACAAUGGGACAACAGUCAUCUUCAUAUAAAAAGCGACUAUCUAGAACAGAAAUGCCUAUUGUGCAAGCAGCUAAUGCACCAUUAAGUGAUAAUAUUGCGACAGCAAGUGGCUCAGAGCCAGCAGUCCAAACAAUUAAGGCGCCAGAAGGGGAGAGUAGCAGCAGUAGCACAGCAGAUACGAGGCCAAGUGAUACGACGGGACAAGAUGAGUCCGAUGAGAGUGACACCUCCAUUGAGGAUGAGUGUGAUCCCGAUAUGAUCGGUUUUGAGAUUAUCACAGGGUAUGUUUUCUCAGCACCGGGAAAACUCUUAGAUUCCAUACCAGGCACUUUAAUGUUCACCGAUUGCCUGGAGGCGUGCCAAUCUAAUGACUCCUGCAACUCUGUGAAUUAUGAAACCGGACUUUGUGUACUCUUUGCCUCCACUGCUGAUAAACUACCAGGAGCACUGGCCAAAUCGCAAUUUCCCGUUUUCACCAUCUACGCUCAAAAGUCAUGUCUAGCCAUACGUCCGUGCGCUCGUGCCUGGUGCAUCGACAGAGUACAAGCCUACAAAUUAGUGGGAUACGUUAAACGAUCAGCACAGGCAGCUUCUAGGCGCGACUGCCUGGAGAUGUGCCUCGGUGAGACGGACUUCACAUGCCGAUCUGCCAACUUUUAUCGGUCUAGCGGUUUGUGUGAACUGUCUGACAUGGAUCGCAUCACAUUGGCCGGCUCCAGUGCCUUCAAGAACAGCGAUGAGGCGGAUUAUCUUGAGAAUGCAUGCGCCGAGGAGCCAAACAAACUCUGUGAAUUCAAACGCCUCUCCGGACGAAUCCUCAAGACGGUAGAUUCGGUCUAUCAAGACGUCUCAAGUGUGGACGAAUGCCGGGAAUUGUGUCUCAAUUCACCCUACCGCUGCCACUCCUAUGACUAUGGUGACACUGGUGAUAUGGUAUGUCGUCUCAGUCAUCACAGCCGCGCCACACUUGCCGACAUCCAAGAUCCCUACUUGGACGUCCCCGAAGCCGCCACAUAUGAACUCUCAUCGUGCUACAAUGUCUCCAUUGAGUGCCGUGCCGGUGAUAUGGUGGCCAAAAUUCGAACAUCUCGUAUCUUCGAUGGGAAAGUCUAUGCCAAGGGUGCACCCAAAUCGUGCUCUGUUGACGUCAAGAAUUCCCUUGAAUUUGAACUUCGUAUGGGCUAUCAGGACUUGGAGUGUAAUGUACGACAGAAUGGCCUAGGGCGCUACAUGAAUGACGUUGUUAUUCAGCAUCAUGACAAAAUUGUCACAUCCUCCGAUCUUGGACUCGCCCUCACCUGCCAAUACGAUCUGACCAACAAAACUGUCUCCAAUGACGUUGAUCUCGGUGUUACGGGUGAUAUUGAGACCACCCUAUCAGAGGAAGUUGUCGUGGACUCCCCCAAUGUCAUUAUGAAGAUCACACAACGCGAUGGCAAUGAAAUGAUGCGUUCAGCUGAAGUUGGUGACGCCCUAUCGUUACGCUUUGAAAUUGCCGAACAACAAUCACCCUAUGAGAUAUUUGUGCGUGAACUUGUGGCAAUGGAUGGGACGGAUAAUGCCGAAAUUACCCUCAUUGACUCAGACGGUUGCCCAACGGAUCACUUCAUUAUGGGACCAAUCUACAAGAGCUCAACAACAGGAAAGAUUCUCAUUUCACACUUUGACGCCUUUAAAUUCCCUUCAUCGCAAACAGUACAAUUUAGAGCCUUGGUUACACCGUGCAUGCCAUCAUGUGAACCAGUUCAGUGCGAUCAGGAAGACUUUAGCGGAGAACUCCGAUCACUCAUUUCCUAUGGCCGAAAGCGACGAUCGACAAAUGCAUCUUCACGAAUGCGGCGUGAAACGCUUAAGCAGCCACCAGAGGAUAUGCUCUUAGUGCAAUCAAUUGAAAUUACCGACAAAUUUGGCUUUGAGAAGCAACAAUCGCAAAUUAAGCCCACCACAAAGGAGACUGUCUUUAUGGCGGCCGAUAAUCAAGCAUUCUGCAUAAAUGGCUUUGGUCUCAUUUUGGCUAGUGCCAUCUUCCUCCUUGCCCAAGUGUCCGUAAUUGGUAUUUGGACAUUCCUGUGGCAGAGACGGCGAAAACAGCGUAGUUUUGAGGAAUCAUCCUACGGCUCAACCAUCCCAACGCCUACCCUCACUGCCGGUCGAACUGAUUCCCUUUGCAAACUCUACGAAACCCAUUCGAGACAUCCUCGUCAUUUCUAACAUAUUCCACGUUAUUUUUUUUACGUGGAGAAUUUGUGGAUGGAAAUCAUGAGAUAAGUAGGAAAUUAAACAAGCAAAAGAACAAAGGAUUUGAGAAGAAAGAAAAAGUUAAAAAAAAAUGGCAAAAGCAAUCAACAAAGUUGCAUUUACAAGGACAAUUUUAGCUAUUAAUAAUUGAAAUAACCGACAAAUAAGACUAUACAUUUUGCGAGAUGAAGCAUAAAGAAAAUCCCAAUUAAACCCUGUCAGUUUUUUGUAAUAGAAACUCUUCUACAUAGGCUCUUAAGUCGCGCAUUUAGUUUUUUUUACCAUCAAAACCAACUACCAUAUUAGCGAAUUAAUACUUUUUUUUUAUAAAACAAAAAUUUUUGGAAGAAAAAAAAUCAAAAGGAUACGCUGAAUUUUUUUUAAAUAAUUUUUUGCUUAGGUGCCGGAUACUAAAAACAAGGAAUUCAUUCAAUCAACGAACAUUACGAAGAAUUGUCAUGAAGAUGAAAAAAAAGUGGCGUAAUUAAUAUAUUUUUAACUUGUACUACCUAAAUGGAUAAAUUAACUCUCGAUACAUUCCAAUUGCUUAAAAAAUUGGAAAUGAAAUAAUUUUAGGUGUAACUUUUCUUCUAAUUAAAACAAAACAACAAAAAAAAUUAAUAAUCAACUGAAGAUUUAAGGAGAAAAAGACGUGGAUAGUGGAGAUAAAAGAAAAAAAAUUGGAAAAAAGGACGACUGUACAUGAGAUGAGUGAUUGUGUGUUUGUCAUAAUUUUUCAAAACUAGCAUUUAAAGAACAACACGAUAAUUCCGCCCCCAAGCUAAACUCCCCUUAAGAGAAACUAAACCCACAAAUAAUUCCCUCUGCAAUUUUUUAAAUGUGUGAGAAAUGUGUGCUAUUUUUAAUAAUAUUAAAAAGUAAUUUAACAAACAAAAAAAAGAAAAUUCUUGUACUGAUAUACAAGAUUUUGAAAUGGAGAAACAUUUUCCUAAUAUUUCUUUUAUUAUUGUGAAGAAAUAUCAGGAAAAAAGGUAUUCCCCAUGUUGGCAUCCAAGUUUGAAGAAUGUUACAAACUCAAUUAAGAAUCAUUUGUCCUUUUUUCUGAGAUUGUCAACUAACAAGAUAAUAUUCGUGUGAAAAAUUUACAAUGUAAUUGCGGCAAUUUGAAAUGCCACACACACGACAAAGAAUUUUUCACAAGAACAUUUUCUACGACAAUCAAAUGGAUUUUGUAAGAGAAAAAGAUUUGCAAUAAAGAGCGGGAAAAUACCUUUGAAGAAUUUCUCCGCUCUUCUUAUUUUUUUUAUAUAAUACUUCAAUUUUUUUUAGCCAGGAGGACAAUUUUAAGUGACAUUUUUUAAUUAAAACAAACAUUUUCCCUUCUUGUCCUCAUUCAUUCUCACUCUCUACCUAUAUAUACAUUUUUGUAUGCAAUACUUCUUCUCAAAUGGAUACGAAUAAAAAGAAUGAAAUUUGUGGAUUUUUUUGUAUCCAUUUGAUUUGAGAGUAAUUUUUUAUAUAAAAGAAAAAUCAUGAAUAAUAAAUGAAUGAAAAAAUCAGUAUUUAACUUA